AUGGUCUUCGGUUCCCGUGCUCGAAGCCUUUGCGCUGUCACUGCAUUUUGCGUUGGUGUCAUUGCGAACCAUGCCAAUGCGUGGGUCGCGCCGAUCGUCACCAAGGGCAACAAGUUCUUCGACUCCGACAGCGGCCUCGAGUUUAGACAGAAAGGGAUGGCGUACUACCCACGACCCAACGGCGGAGAGUUGGCCGACGUCAGCAACUACGACUGGGCCGCCGACGAGCAUGAAUCGGUGUGGAAGCCCCACCUCGAAAUCAUGAAGGAUCUUGGCGUGAACACGAUUCGACUGUACUCGGUGGAUCCGAGCGUAUCACACGACAAGUUCAUGUGCGCUUGUUCAGAGGCGGGGAUCUAUGUGCUCAUCGGCAUCACUGCUCCAUGUGAGGACUGCUCCAUUUUGGAUUAUGAGCCGCCCAAAUGCUACCCUGAUCACUUGUUCACGCGAGGGCAAAUGGUCUACAACGCCUUCGCCGUUUACGACAACACCCUCGGAUUCAGCGUUGGCAACGAAAACAACCUGCAGGUCAAGAACGGAGCUGACGGAACGACAACAGCGCCGUGUGUGAAGGCAUUUCUUCGCGAUAUGCGAAGUUAUGCGGCGAGUUGCUCGGGUGCCGUGCGUCAAGUACCUAUCGGGCUUGAUAUUGCUGACAUUCCGCCUCGGUCGCAGUGGAUUUCGUACUACGACUGUCCUGUGGACGACGAUGAGAACACACGCGCGGAAUGGAUGGGGUUCAAUCCCUACGUUGAGUGCGAUCCAGCAACGCACACGGAGUAUUCGCAGUCAACUGGGCUCAAGAAGCUCAUGGCAGAGUACGCCGAGGUUGGGUACGCUCGUCCGUUGAUGUUUGGCGAGUUCGGCUGCAACAAGGGCGAGAACACGAUCGAAGGCUACGAAAAUCAACGCGCAUUCUACGAUGCAAAGUGGAUGAAUGAAGAGAAAGAGAUGACGGACGAAAUCGUGGGCGGCAACGUGUUCGAAUUCUCCACUGAAGUCGCCAAUCUGCUGGAUAGCUCAGCUUUGACCAAGACAGCCGACGCAGGGAAAUACGGUGUCGGCUACUUCCAGCCGGACGACUGUGACAACAACAAAACCGAGUGCGUCUUCACGCCGUACCCGGAGUACGACAACCUCAAGAAGGCGUACACCACCACGGCCAACUCGACUGUCAUGCACGAUAGCUACACGCCUGAACGCGACGCAAUUUUGAGUUGUCCGAAGAACAUGUCGAUCGAGUUGCCGCCAACCCCUGAAGUGACUGUUUUGGAGUGCUCGGUGGCGCAACCAGUGUGCAACGGCAAGAAGGCCAACUCGUAUAAGCACCAGUCGUCGCGUACGAAGGUCGGGGACAAGGUGACGCCUACAAACGACGAAAGCAGUGCGGCGUCCGCCCUGAACUCUACGGACAGCACUACGUCCUCUGCCGCUGCAAUGUUGAUGCCAACUUUCGUGCUAUUGGCAGCAACAAUUGCAACCACUGCUCUCUCGGGCUUCUAG